AUGUAUCUCAAUCUCGCGGUAGUGGCCUUGGCCGCUACGACUCUGCUCGCUCCCGCAGCCGCUCUCUCGCCUCAGGAUGUCCCGGCCGAUCUCCCAGUCUCGCAUCUGCUCUCCUCGGCCCAGGAGCAUCUGUCCCGCGGCGAGACGAGCGAGGCCCUGAUCUACUACGACGCCGCCAUCGCUCGCGACCCCACAAACUACCUGACCGUCUUCAAGAGGGCCACGGCCUACCUUUCCAUCGGCAGGACCACGCAGGCGACCGACGACUUCAACAGGGUGCUGACCCUCAAGCCUGGGUUUGAGGGUGCCCAUUUGCAGCUUGCCCGGCUCCGGGGAAGGUCCGGCGACUGGGAUAUCGCAAAGAACGAGUACCGCUCUGCCGGCCUGGCACCCGACUCCGCGGAGGUGAAGGAGCUCGAGGAGGCGAAGCUGGCUGCCGCACUGGCGACCAUGGCUGAGAAGGCCCAGAAGUGGGAAGAGUGUGUCAAAGCCUCCAGCAAUGCCAUUGCGAUUGCCAGUCGCUCCGCCCACCUUCGUGAGCUCCGAGCCCACUGCCGCUUCGAGCACGGUGAUGUUGAGGAGGGUCUGAGCGAUCUGCGACAUGUGCUGCACCUGAGGCCCGGAGACAUCUCUCCCCAUGUCGUCAUCUCGGCGACCUCGUUUUACGGCCUGGGCGAUAUGGAGAGUGGUAUCGGGCAGAUCAAGAAGUGUCUUCAGUCCGACCCAGACUCCAAGGUCUGCAAGAAGCUGCACAAGCAGGAGAAGAAGGUUGAGAAGGCGUACAAGAAGAUCCAGGGUCAACUGAGCCGGGGACAGCCCACGACGGCAGGAAGAUCGUUGGUCGGUACUGCUGACGAGCCCGGUCUGCUUCCCGAAGUUCGCAAGCAAAUGGAGGCGCUGGUUGAGAAUAAGAGCAUCCCCAAGACGGCUCGAUCACCACUGGUAGACGAGUUGGUUGAGCUGACUUGUCAAGCGUACACCGAGUCGAGUCACAGGGAUGCCGCCAAGUACUGCGAGGAAUCACUCAAGCUGAACGCCGACUCCUUCUGGGGCAUGCUUCACCACGCCAAGGUCCAGCUCAAGAAGGAACUGUACGAGGCUGCCAUCGAGACCCUCCAGAAGGCCUCUGAGCUGCGCCCCGAUCGUCGAGACAAGGUCAACCCCAUCCUCGAAAAGGCACAGAUUGCCCUCAAGCGCAGCAAGUCCAAGGACUACUACAAGGUCCUCGGCGUGGCCAACGACGCCGACGAGCGCCAGAUCAAGUCGGCCUACCGCAAGCAGUCUAAGAUCUUCCACCCGGACAAGGCGGCCAAGCAGGGCAUUCCCAAGGAGGAGGCCGAGAAGAAGAUGGCGAGCAUCAACGAGGCGUACGAGGUGCUCAGCGACCCGGAGCUGCGCGCGCGCUUCGACCGGGGCGACGACCCCAACUCACAGGAGAGGCCUGGAGGUUUUGGACAGGGCAACCCCUUUGGAAAUGGCCACCAGUUCAUGUUCCAGCAGGGCGGAGGUCCCAACAUCAAGUUCCAGUACGGAGGUUUUGGUUUUUAG